AAGUUGGUUUCAGGCCAAUAUUAAAUCGCAAUGUCCCAAAAGCAAGGAAGCCAUGAGAAUUCUCGACUUUGAACCGGAUCGCGUUUUCUCGACCGGGGCGGAGUCGUAACACCUGGUCUGUCGUCAAAUCGAGACGGCGCGAAUCAUAUGCAACUGUCGGUAAUCUCUGUAUCUUUCCAGACAGCAGAUAUUCGGAACUCCCAGUCGGCCGCACAUGGGCAAUUUUCCGUCUAGCGCUGUUCUUGUUGGGUUUCCAACUUCGUACGGAACCGGAGUAGGGAGUUGGCUGCUUCGUGCUGAGUUCGUGGUGGUGGUCCGUGCGACACGAAACCCUCAGCGAGUCAGCGGCACAGCCAAAUGUCAGAAGCAUGAUGGCCCCUGUGUACUUCGUAAUAAAAGUCGAAUUGAACAGGUACUGUGUCCGUACUCGAGAUCGUUUCUUAGAGGAUACCUAGAAAAGGCUCACUGUCGAGUGUUGACCUGCGCGGGCGAGUGUAUCGGCUAUCCGCAUCCCAUAGCUCACGGCAAAUAUACCUAUGUACUGUACCUACCAGCCACCCUCCAUGCAGAUAUGUGGCUCAAACGAAGCCAUAUUUCCGCUGUUUCCGUAUCACAAUCUUCGUUCGAUAACAGUCGCAAGGCUGUCGUCAUGCUUGUCCCUGAGAAACCAAACUCCGAAAUGGGAGAGGUACGACAGGCAUGUAUUCGUAAUUUCGGGGAAUUUCCGCCCAUCAGCCAGGACCAGAUUUGCAGUUUUGAAUUGGACGAUGCUCAUUGAAGACUUUGACCGGUGUGCAGGGGUCCGGUAUUACCAACCGCGGAUUGCGCACCUCCUCACCAGGGAAAAGUCCCAUCACGGCGCUUUCCACUGACUUUUCUUCACCUUCUCAAUAUCUUUUGAUCUUUUUUGCUACGUGUGUUCCGAUAU